AUGGCCGCGCCCGCGGCGGCCCCGGGCGGCCCGGCCCGGCCCGGCCCUGCCCGCAGCGCUGCCCGCAGCGGGGCCGGGGCGGCGGGGACGGGGGAGCGCGGCCGCCACCCCGCGUCGCGCCCCGAACUUUCCGCCAAUGGCGGCGGAGGGGCGGGCACGGGAGCCGCCCCCAAAGCCCCCUCCCCACCGCCGGGGGCACCGGCAUCCACCGCAGCGGCAUCCCCGGAGCCCCCCGGGGCUUCUCCGCGCCCCGCGGCACAGGGGGACACCGGGCGGGGACACGGCCGAGCCAGGGAACGGGACCCAGAGCAAGGCUGGGGUACCCCAGGUUCCAGAUCCGCCCCCCCGAAGCCCCCGGCCCACCUUAACUGGGUGUUACUGGAGAAACCUCGGCCCCAGCUGGACCACCAGCCCUGGCUUCCCUCCCUCCACACCAUGUGGGCAUCCCCGCAUUCGGGGCACCCCCGCAUUCGGGGCAUGGCCAUCGGGGGGUCCCGGAGCCCCUUUAGAGCAGCCACCGGAGCUGGGGCUGAGCCGGGACAGGGCACAGCUCCCGCAGCACCCCGCAAUCGCUUCAGACCUCCGGAUAACCCCUUGGGGCUGAGCACCUCCGGACACCCUCGGAGAAGCCAGCCGUGCCCGGAGCUCUGUCUGGUGGCCCUCCCCUGGCCGUGUCCCCAGCGUGGCCGUGUCCCCUGGCCACCCCCUCCUGGCGUUGUCCCCGUGGGACUGGGGAGGACCGGGGGGGUCCGAGUGCCCCCCGCCCCCGGGAGCUCCCUGAAGCCCCCGGCCCCUGCUGAGUGUCCGGAGCCGCUCGGGGCUCCCGCUCGGCCCCUCGGUGCUCCGGGAUGCUCGGGCUCGCAGUGCCCUCUGGUGACCGCGGGCACGGCGGCCGGGAACCGCCACCCCCGGGCCAGGGGACCCGCGGGGGGCUCGUCCCUGGAGAAAGCCUCUCUCUGUCGCUCUUCCAAGAUCCCUGAGCUGCCAGCCCAGCCCUGCCCGUUCCCCCCCGCGUCAUUCCCCGUGUCCCGCACCCUCACCUCGCCUCUCCCGGUGCCGAUGCCGGUGCUUUCCCGAGGCGCUCCAUUCUCGCUGCCGGUGACCGUGUCCCUUUAA